AUGAAAAAUUUGGGAAAUAAAACGACAAUCAAGAAUAAUGUAUGUAAUUGGAAUUCAUGGGUAGAUAUACAUAUGACUGCAUUACUAGAGUAUAAAAAAGAGGAAUGGAAAUUGAAUAAAACAGAAUUUUUUAAUAUUUGUUUAGAAGAGAUCGAAAAAGAUGGAGAAAAUUUUAAUUUAAAAGAAAUGCGAAAUCAUUUUAUAAUGAAAAUAAAAGAAGAAAAUAGUACCGAUACAAUAGAUAAAAAAAAUAGUAUAUUAGAGAAAUAUAAAAAUGAAAAGUGGUUUAUUAAUUUGAAGAAAGAGUGGAAAGAAGAACAAGAUAAAUACUUAGGAUAUUUAGAAGAACGAGAAAUUGAAAAAAUGACAGAAAUGGGAGUAAAUAAUUUUAUGCUAGAUAAAAAAAAAAAAAUAUGGAAGAAAUGGAUAGAAUGGCAAAUAGAGCAUUCAUACGAAUACAAAAAUCAGAAAUGGUUUGUACAAUUGCUAGAAGAAUAUAAAAAAGAAGAAAUUGAUGAAAAUUUAAAGGAAGAAAAUAUAGAGAAAGAAAGAAAUAAUGGAAUAGAUAAAAAUGAAAUGAAGAAAAAUUUGGAAAGGAGAAUUUUGUUAGAUAUUCUUAUGAUGGUAUUAGAGGAAUGUACGAAAGAAGAGUGGGAAAAAGAAGAAGAAUUUUUUAAAGCAAAUAUGGAAGAGAUAAAAAAAUAUAAAAAUUUGGACGAAGAAACAAACAUAUUAGAUAAAAUAGAAAGAGAAAAAAGUUGGAACAUUAUAUCAGAGAAAAAAAAAGAGGAAAUAGAAAAAUGGAAAAGAGAAAAAUGGUUUAUUCAGUUAAUGUUAGAAUGGAAAAAUAAAGAAGAAAAAUAUAUGAUGGAGAUAAAUGAAGAAAUUUUAGCAAAAAAGAAUCAAGGAAGAGUAAUAGAUGUUAUCUUAGAAAGACAAAGCAAUAUAUGGAAAAAACACUGCGAAAAUAUUUGUAAAAAGUGGAUAGAUGAAGACAACAAUGAAGAAUGGUUUACAAAGAUAGUUAAUGAAUAUGAAAAUGAAGAGAAAGAAUAUAAAAGUAGAAUUUAUAAAAAUAGCAUAGAAAAAGAAAAUGAAAAAACCAUAGAAAGAGAUGAAUCAAUAACAGAGAUUAAUAAAAAGGAGGAAGAAAAAAUGAGAAAAUAUGAAAGUAAUAAUUUAAAGGAAUCACAUGAAAUGAAUAAUUCUAAAAUAAACAAAAAAAAAUUAAAAUGGGAGACAUUAAUAGGAAUAUAUAUGGUAAUAUUGGAGGAAUGUAGGAAAGAGGAGUGGUUAUUGAAUAGAGGAAAAUUUUUAGAAACCUGUUUAGAAGAAUUUAUAGAAGAAGAUAAAGAAAAUAAUCCAAAAAUAAUAGAAAAUGAUUUAGUAAUGAUGAAGGGAGAGGAAGAAGACAUUAGUACAUUAAUGAUUGAGAAACAAAAACUUUUAUGGAAUAAAUGGGUAGAAAGAAACAAAAGAAUGUCAGAGAAAUGGAAAAAAGAAGAAUGGUUUAUUAAUUUGAAAAAAGAAUGGGGAAAAGAACAAGAUAAAUAUGACGAAUUAACAAAAGAAUCAGAAAUAGUAGAAAUAGAAGCAGGAAAAAAUCCUAUGCUAGAAAAACAAAAAAGAAUAUGGAAACAAUGGCUAAAAAAACAACGAAUGUGGUUUAUACUACAUAGCGAGGAUGAAUGGUUUAACAAUUUAUUGGAACAAUACGAAGAAGAAGAAGAAAGUAUGAAAAGAAUAACUAAAAAAGAUACGAAAAAAGAGAAGGAAAUUCAUGAAAAUAUAGAGGAAUUGAAGCAAGUAGGAGAUAACGAAAUAGAGAAAAAUAGAAAAAAAAGGGAGAAAUUGAUACAAAAGGUUUUGAUAGAAAUACAUAUGACGCUAUUAGAAGAAUGUAUGAAAGACGAAUUGCAAAGAGAAAAGGAAUAUUUUUUUAAAAAAAUGGUGGAAGAGUUGAAAAUACAGGAAAAUUUAGAUGAGGAUGUUAACAUAUUGGAAAUAAAAAAAAAAAGUAGGAAUGUUAUAUUAAAUAAUGACAAAGAGAAAAUAGAAGAAUGGAAAAAAAAAAAAUGGUUUAUAGAAUUAAUAUUGGAAAUGAAAAACAAAGAAAAGGAAUACAUGAAAGAAGUAUAUGAAGAUAUCAUAGCAAAAAAGAAUGAGGACAGGUUUUAUAGUCUGUCAUCUCAUUCUUAG